AUGGUAGUUAAUGAUAGUAACAAUAACAACAGCGCUAAUAAUCCGUCAAAUAUUUUUUUAAGACCAGAAAUUCAUACAGUUUUGGAUUCAGAUAUUGCAAUUAACACUUUAUUGUCCAAAUUAAAACAGUCAUUAUUAACCUGUGAAGAUUUUACCAAGUAUUUAAGGAAAAAAUACAUUCUUGAACAAGAUCAUGCAGAAGAAUUGAGUAAAGGAUAUAAAAGCUUUUUUCAAUCAUCUUCCAAUUCUUUACAAUCAAGUAUUGUGGAACUAUUGAAUUUUGAUGGCAAAUUAGCCAAUGUCAGAUUUAGCUAUGUCAGUGCAUUGCAAAAAAUGUAUGAUGAGUUAAAUGCAUUAUUGUUAACCAUGUCCAAAUUACGUAAAAAUAUCAAAGAUAAAUCUAGAAGAUUGGAAAAGGAGGUUGCUGAUGCAAUUCAUAUGGCUGAAAAAGCCAAAUCAAAAUAUGAUUCCCUAUGUCAAGAUUGGCAAAAGUUGAAAAUGAGCGAUCCAACAAAAACUAAAUUAACUUUAAGGGGUUCUAAAACUACCAAAGAACAAGAAGAAGAAUUACGUAGAAAAAUUGAUGUUGCGGAUCUAGAUUAUAAACAAAGAGUUGACCACUCAACUAGUUUAAGAAAUAGUUUUAUUAACAGGGAAAGACCCAAGAUUGUACAAGAUCUAAAAGAUUUGAUCUUAGAAAUGGACAUUGCUAUGUCCAUUCAGCUACAAAAAUAUGCUAUAUGGACCGAAAACAUGAUUUUGAAUAGCGGUGUUACUAUCUCUCCAGUGGGGAAUAGUUCCUCAGCUAGCAAGUCUAUGAAAGGAAUUGCCAGCUCUGUUAGCAGCGAAUAUGAUUUAUAUAAUUACUUGAAAAAGUACUCUAAAGACAAAAACCCGGCCAAUUUAAUUAAUAAGAACUUGAUUCCAGUACAGUACAAAAAGAAUCCAAUAAUGGGAGGCACUGCUUAUAAAUCAGGCAAGGGCACUUUUGUAGUAACAAGCAAUAGUGUUGGUGGUGGUAAUAAUACUACAGGUAACAAUGACAACAAUUUUUCUUCAUCUGUGCCUGGUAAAUUAAAUAAUUCACUGCCUAAGAGAAUUCUAUCCACUUCCAACGAAUCUCCUUUUUCUUCCUCUACUCCAAUAACUCCCUCUUCAUAUAAUUCUGUUUCAAAAUUACCUUCCAUUAGUUCGCCCUCUACUAUUAACCAUGGUUAUAGCGAAAGACCUUUAGCACGUGUUGAUAGUGUUGAUUCGGGUGUGGAGUCCACCGUUUCAUACACCACGUUAGAUCCUGCCACCACUAAUAAUAAUAGUAUUAAAUCGCCAACCACCUCUAUGGAGUCUACUUUCCCGAAUAAUAAUAAUAAUAAUAAUAAUAAUAAUAAUAAUAAUACGAUCGCUAGAACAGGCAGUGACAUUCCCAAUAGUGAAGUUCCUCUAAGCCAUGUGGAUACCAAUGUUACACUACCACCUGGGUUAAAAAAAAAUUUUAAGAUGUUUGGCGUUCCGUUGGAAGACCUAUUAGAAUUUGAACAGGAUAUGGUUCCGGCUCUUGUUAGACAGUGUAUUUACGUAGUAGACAAAUAUGGGCUAUCAAUCGAGGGUAUAUAUCGUAAAUCACCAAGUGUUUUAGAAGUCAGUAGAUUAAAAGAUGAAAUAGACAAGGACCCAGCGAACUUAUCAAUGAUUUUGCCACCAAAAAAUUAUACAGAACAGCACAUCCAUUUGGUAGCUUGUUUGUUAAAAACUUUUUUUAGCAGCCUACCAGAUCCUUUUUUUCCUAGUUCGCUGACAAGUGAAAUUGAAACAUGCUUAUCUAUCCAGGACCACACUACGAGAAGAAAUUAUAUGCAUGGCAUUGUAUAUAAAUUACCAGAUGGACAGUAUUGGACAUUGAGGAGUCUAAUUUUUCAUUUGAAAAGGGUUAUUGAACAUGAAGAUGAAAAUAAAAUGAAUUUGAAAAAUUUGUGCAUAAUAUGGGGCCCAACAUUAAUAUCACCCCCAACUUAUUUUUCAAAUACCAGCGAAGACGCUUCUGGUGCUGCUAGCUAUCAAAUCAAAGCUAUGGAAACAUUAUUUGAUGUAGCUGAUCAAGCUUUUGAACCUGAAUGA